AUGGGUUCACCUUCGGAGAUCACCGCCUUUGAAGGAGAUGCCCCAAUAGUGCUACCUGCUGAACCUGGGGAAGAGAUGCGGGUACAAGAGCUUGACCGAGAUUUUAUCGAUGUCGAACUGGUCUCUAAUGAUGACUCCUCAGAGAGGGUCGAGGAAGAAGAAGAGGAGGGCCAGAAGCCUGAAGUCGAGAAGGAUCCAGCCGGCGAGAAGAAGGUGCCCCCGACACAGAAUCCUAUAGAGGAAACCAGCGAGAGCCAACCAAAUGUCCCGCCCAACCCAAAUACUGACUCCCUGAUUCUAGAGGCGAAUAUCAGCGAUGAGAUGAAAAAGUUGAAGGACGAAAAUGCUCGACUGAGGAAGCGAGAGAAGAUCACGGUAUCUCCGUGGUUCCUUGAGAAAUUUGACUUGCUCGCCUUGGUUGAGAAGCAGAUAGAAGUCCGGUCAGAGCGUUUUAUAGCUACCAUUGAUCUCUUAAAGAAGAGGACCAAAGAAGCAGAGUUCUACUCGAAACAGGUUGCUGUUCUACAGAACAUAUUGGUUGUCAAUGAAAUCACUUUGCCCAUUUUUGACGAUCUCGGUCCAAAUAAGGAAGCGAAAGAAAGGACAGCUGCUGAGGAAUACCUGCUUAGAAUCGACGAACAAGACUGGGAGAUUGUAGACUUGGAGGAUAAGCUAGGCCAUUGUAUUAACCAGCUGAGAGCCAUCGCGUUCUCUGGGGUUAUUAAGUCUUCCCCAGUCAACCCUAGGGGAAAAAAUCUCAAGUUUAAAUGUAUAGUGGUGUAA